AAGACGGGUCAAAAAGAGAGGACGCGAAACAGAAAAGGGCGAGUAGAGAACAUCUCUCCCCUACGUCGUCUUACGUCGUCGUACCCCAACACGAGCACGCGUGCACGCACGCCCGCGGCAGGAGGCACGCAUGCACGCUCGCGCGCACCACCGUCGUCGCCACCGCCGCCACCGCCGUCGCCGCCACACGUUGCUCGAUCGGAGGAUCUCUCUGUCGAGGAAGCAGAGAGCUGGGACGGUCGAGACGAACACGAACGGAACGGAAGCAGCAGAGCGCGUGACACGCGUGUACGUUGCCCCUGAGAGAUUAGGCUCGGAAGAGCGCUCGGCUCUUUCCGGCGGCUCGAGUUUGUACCUGACGUAUCCUGCAGCCGGCGCGCAACGUCCACACAAGGGCUGGCAGGUAUAAAACGUUCCUGGGCCGUGUCUUUCCCACCACGAAUCGCUCGGUCGCACGCUCUCGGAGGGUGACACCCACCCCCUAGAGGACGGCUCUUCGGGGGGGGUGAGUUUCGUAGCUGGCUAGCGCGGCGCGGGAAGCGCAGUCAACGGCAAGAGAAGCUAAGCGUUGCAGUAUUUGUCGGAACUGACCGACACCAUUGACAAUUCUCGCAGGAGGCUCAUUCGAUCGGACGACGAGCAGGACGACAGACGCGGAUCACCGGGUCAGUGCGCGGAAGUGCUCGCAGAAGGACGGCACGUCUCUACGCUCGAUAAGCGCCGCUCGUCGGGGCUCCGAUACGGUUCGCCGCGCGUCGAUUUCCAAGGGUGAUCGCGCGGUGAUCAGUGACCGUUAUCGAAGUAUCCACGGAAGGAUCGCGCCUGAAUCCCGGGACGAUCUUAUCGUGCGAUUAGCUUCGGGGUCGUGCGCAUGACCCCGUUGAGUGCGAUUCGAAGGCGUCCGAAGAGUUCGCGCCGACGUUAGGAUCGAGAAACCGGAGUUUCUCGCGCGAGAUGUUCAUUCAGUGAUAGAUAGUUGGUGCACCGGUGAUCGGAGAUAAGGACGACACGGGAGGAUUUACGCGCGGGACACCCUCGUGGAUCGAGAUACACGCGAGACACACGCCGGAAGAUGAGGCCGUGGAUGUUGCUGGUCGUGCUUUCGGCGAUCGCGCACGCGUCACUUGCGGAGAUCGCCAGGCCGAAGAAUCGCGGCAGGGGAUCCAUGUGGUGGGGCAUUGCAAAAGCGGGCGAACCCAACAAUUUUUUACCAAUGUCACCAGCUUCCUUAAACAUGGAUCCUGCCGUCUAUGCGACUCUGAGAAGAAAGCAGAGGAGGCUCGCUAGAGAGAACCCCGGAGUGCUAACAGCGGUAGCUAGGGGUGCAAAUCAGGCUGUCGUCGAAUGUCAACAUCAGUUUCGUAACCGACGAUGGAAUUGUUCGACGAAGAAUUUUCUUAGAGGGAAAAAUCUCUUUGGCAAAAUCGUCGAUAAAGGAUGCCGGGAGACCGCUUUCAUCUACGCCAUCACGAGCGCAGCUGUGACUCACAGUAUCGCGAGGGCAUGUAGCGAGGGCAGCAUUCAGUCCUGUUCCUGCGACUAUACACACCAAGCACGCGUACCAUCCGCAGUACGGGAUUGGGAAUGGGGUGGUUGUUCGGAUAACAUCGGAUACGGAUUCAAGUUCUCCCGUGAAUUCGUCGAUACCGGCGAACGCGGUCGAAAUCUCCGCGAGAAGAUGAAUCUGCAUAACAAUGAAGCCGGCAGACUGCACGUGAACGCGGAGAUGCGUCAGGAAUGCAAGUGCCACGGCAUGUCGGGUUCGUGCACGGUGAAAACCUGCUGGAUGCGACUGCCGAACUUCCGCGUGGUCGGCGACAACCUGAAGGAUCGCUUCGACGGGGCCUCCCGAGUGUUGAUCAGUAAUUCGGAUCGCGUGCGUAAUAACAAUGCCAUCACCAGCAACUCGGCGAGCAACUCGGUGCAUCAUCAUCGCGAUGGCUUGGGACGUCGGCAUCGCUACAACUUCCAGCUAAAGCCGUACAAUCCGGAGCACAAGCCGCCCGGCUCGAAGGACCUCGUCUACGUGGAGCUGUCGCCGCCGUUCUGCGAGAAGAACCCGAAGCUCGGGAUCCUGGGCACCCACGGGCGGCAGUGCAACGAGACGAGCAUCGGCGUCGACGGCUGCGACCUGAUGUGCUGCGGCCGGGGCUACAAGACUCAGGAGGUGACGAUAAUCGAGAGGUGCGCCUGCACUUUCCACUGGUGCUGCGAGGUCAAAUGCCAGGUGUGCAGGACGAAAAAGACGGUACACACGUGUUUGUAAAUCGGGAACUCGGUCGUGAAAUAUCGAGGGAAUCAUCAUUCAGACAAGCUUUACGCAGAGUCGAACGAUCGGAGCUUGAGCUCGCGCUCCGUUUUCGCGCAAAAAUUCGAAUGCAACGAAUACGGAAUACGCGACGAAUAAACAUUGUUCUCCCUUCCCGUUCAAAAGACUCUUAUAAUAGACUCUGAUUCCGCGGGAGACUCGCCAGACGGAGUCCGAAGUCGUCGUGCGGAGGCCCGCGGGACCUCCUCCGUCUCCAGUAUUACGCGAAACGAACGAAGCCACAUAUAUUUAUUACGUCGCGUUGCGCGCGUAUUAAAGACUGAGAUGGUGAGAAGCGUUCGCGCGAUCGUAGGUCUUAAGAAUUUAAUAUUGUGGGAUGCAUCCGGAGCGGCGUGAACGCUGGUAUAAAUACCGGUGCGAAUAAAGAACCGGUGAAUACCAGUAUGAUACCGGCUCGCGCUGUCUCGCGCUUACCGAACGAAGGAUCCGACUGGUCCAUCGUCACCCGUAAAAGCCCCGACAUCUCAACCGUGACAGUAGCAUGUGGUAGAAAAAAAUAAUUUAAGGCUAUUAUUAUUCACAUUCCUCGCUAUUAUGCGCAUUCCGCAAAACUGGCUCGUUUGUAGCAGUUCGAAAUGAAUUCGUUGCACAUCGUUCUCUCUGAUCGUUUACGCUUCAAUCACGUUGGAUUAUUAUUUCGCGGUUGUACAGUUAACACAAUCUCUAUUUUCGGAAAAUUAUUAACCGCAAUAUAUAAAUCGGUGCGAAGACGCCUUCAAUUAUUUUAUCCCACUAUAUGUAAGGUCUUCGUUUUAGGUGAUGUUCAUUGGUUGCAACGCGAGCAUCGUGACCUCGCAUUAUUUAUUCUAAAGGUGUCCUGUCCUCUGUUUAGUAGAGAUAUCCGUUCCUUCCGAGAAACAGGUAUUCUCAGACACGGAUCGCGUACUUGUACAUAAAUAGAUUAUAGUGAUAUAUAUUUUGCAGCAUCGCGAGCCGAUCGAUGGCCAAUAUAUUCUUAUGAUCUAUUGUAAAUAAAAGUUGACUCUUUUAUGCAACGCGAAAAAAAAAAGUGACGUACGACAUCGCGUAUGGUAAAUUAUUUUUAUAUCUUUUUCAUAUCUCUCUUCGCCUUCUUUCUUCACCGAGUUCCGAGAUUACGAGAGAAUCCCGCAAGCUUAAAAGUAUCUUCUACCAUUGUUGGGUAGCGACUGUUCUUCGAAUAAGAAAAUGGUGAUUCCAACAUUGUGUAUAAUAGAUGUAUUAAUUAUUGCUCGUAAUUUAUGCAAAUGAAUA